AUGAUUUAUUCUCCUUCAUUUAAUAUUUUUAUCAGUUCAAGUUUCUUUCGACCUCGAAACAUUAUUGGAGGCAUCACAAAACUUCAACAUAAAUUCCUAUCAACGAUGCAUCAAGAACCACCUUCUUUGAAAGAAAUCAACAUUUUGAAGGAUAGUGUGAAUCCAAAUGUUUUCAAUGUCCAGCUUAAUCGUGCAGAGAAGCGGAAUACUUUUACUGACAGUUUUUGGAGGGAAUUAAAAACAGCUUUUUCUUAUUUGACGGAAGAACCAGCAUGUAGAUCUAUUGUCUUAUCUGCGAAUGGGCCUGUUUUCUGUGCUGGUAUUGAUCUAAAAGAAGGAAUAGUGGAAACUUCAAAAAUAAUGUCAAACGAGGAAUUGGAUGUUGCAAGAAAAUCUCGUUCUAUAAGAGAAUUGAUUAAGCGCUAUCAGGAAAGUUUUUCAUCUUUAGAGGAGUGUCCAAAACCAGAAGUUGAUAUUGGAAUAGCAGCAGAUGUUGGAAUAUUACAACGAAUUCAUACAAUUGUAGGAAAUGAUAGUUGGUCGAGAGAAAUGGCUUUUACUGGAAGGGACGCGAGUGCAGAUGAAGCGAUGAGAAUGGGUUUUUAUAAAAAUUUAGGUACUACUGAAGAAAAGGGUGCUUUUUCUGCGGACUUAUUUUGCGGACUUUUCCUUUCCUUUUCAUGUUUUACUUGUAGCAACUAA